UGCCCGGAAGUUUAUAGUCGUUUUGAAGCUGAAGUUCACCUAACCGUCACUUUGUAGUUAGCAUUAGCUGGUGCUAAAACUCCUUAAAUACAGUUCCUGUUGUUAUUAUAUGAUAUGGGCUUGCUGUUAAGGCAACGGCGUGUGAGUGAAACAACGUAGCAGCUGUGAAGUAAUGCCAACUCCAAACGGUUUAGUUGUGUUAUUAUGAGCUCCUUGUCGGUCCAGCCUCAGGCUUCAAGCUCGUCAUGCAGGACGCUUCCUGGGGAGGGUAGUCAGGUGAAACCAAAAGCCCCUCUACUGCAGAUCCUGCGUGUAGCUGGAGCACAGGAGGAUGUCUUCACUCUUAAAGAGGUGAUGCACUACCUGGGUCAGUACAUCAUGGGGAAGCAGCUGUAUGACAAGCAGAGGCAGCACAUUGUUCAUUGCCAGGAUGAUCCUUUGGGUGAACUUCUGGAAGUUGAAAGCUUCUCUGUCAAAAAUCCAAGCCCAGUGUAUGAAAUGCUCAAGAAGUACCUGGUUGUGAUUGGUUGUGGUGACGCUGCAGUGAAUCUUUCUGUGGGCCAUGAGUGUGUAGAGGGCGGAGUGGAGGAUCGUGGUCAGAUGUGUGAGGGUGUGGUCAAAGCAGGAGUGGUGGCCGGAAGCGAUGGGCCUCUUCUGCCCACCCCCUCUCAGAGACGACCUCGUGACCCUGACGACGAGUCUCUUGAAGGCCUGCCGCGCUCGGCCUGCAAACGCCCCAAACUGGAUGUCAGCCUGGAAGAGUGGGACCUCUCUGGUUUGCCCUGGUGGUUUCUGGGUAAUCUCCGUAAUAACUACAGCCGCAGGAGCAAUGGCUCCACUGACAUCCAUACAAACCAACUGUCUCUUGCACAGGAGGAGGACACAGCCAUUGUGUCAGACACAACAGAAGACUUGUGGAUUCUGACAGAGGGCGAGAGUGAGCAAGUAAGCGUGGAAAUGAAGGAAGCUGCCUUAGAAGAGGGAAGUGGAGGAGAAGAAGGUUCCUUUGAUGAUGAUUAUGGAGGAGGGAAGGAGGAAAAGUCAAACCGAGAGAUGCAAGACGAGCCCGAUGAAGACUCUCAGUGUCUGAGUGAUGACACUGAUACAGAGAUCUCCACACAGGAUGCAUGGCAGUGCACAGAGUGCAGGAAAUACAACAUACCUCUCCAGCGGUACUGCGUUCGUUGUUGGGCUCUGCAAAAAAACUGGUACAAGGACGUGCCUCGACUGGCUCAUUCCCUCUCUGUCCCUGACAUCCCAGCAUGUAGUUCUCUCUCUGCCCAUGACGAAGAAGAUGACAGCGACACAGGCAUUGAUGUCCCAGACUGCAGCAGAACGGUCUCGGACCCUGUGGUGCUGCCCUCCCACUCAACAGCUGACCGACCGAUUCCCACAGCAGGUAUGGGUAAAGGCAAAGGGCCACGCCCUUCUGGCUUCCACAGGCACGAUCAGCUCUCAGAGGGGGAAAGCCAGGAAAAUCUGGGUAUGGAGGUCCAAGACAUUCGACCGGAGGCGCUGCUGGAGCCCUGCAAGCUGUGUCGAGUGCGACCCCGUAAUGGGAAUAUAAUACAUGGACGAACGGCUCACCUGCUUACCUGUUUCCCAUGUGCACGGAGGCUACAUAAGUUCCAGGCUCCCUGUCCAGGGUGUGGAAAGAUAAUUCAAAAAGUUAUUAAGAUAUUCAUCCUCUAAAGAGCACGUGAAGGGAUCUAUAGGGUUUUGGCACCUAAAUGUAAACACUGCGCACAGAUAAAAAUAUAACCAGAUAAACACGUUGCGCUAACUCAAAAAUUCAGGGAGGAAUACAUAAAUUACAGGACCGUGUUAAAGUUUGCUGAGUUCAUUGCUAGGUUUAUUUUCAAUCACACUGCCUGUAAAGUAUUGUCAGACAAAAAGGUUUGCAUUUAAUAUUUUCUUUGUGGUCUCAUUUAAAUAAGGGACAAGGCAGAGGUAUUUAUUUAUUUAUUUAUAAUGAAGUGCUCAAGUUUGAAGGUUUUUUUUUUUUGUUAUGGCUACAUAGAUUUUUCUAACCUCAGCCCCUAUGCUUUCAGAGUGGCAACAGUUGGCAUGUUCUUCUGUUCUGGAUAAAUUAGAUUUUUUUUAAAUUCUUUAUUGGUGUUCAGAAAUAAACGUUACCAUGUAAACAAUUGGAUCAACAGCAGGUUAGCAAGUCUAACACAUUUUGUUUACACCUGCUUCAGGUUUGUGAAAGCCUCCUUCCAAAGCGUAUCUUUUAAAAAUGUAUCGGCAGCCUUGUAAAAAUAUAUUUUAAUAAUUAGAUGUUGGCUGAAAUCUUGACUGUCAGAUGGUGCUUUAACACGUACAAUAUUUCACCUCCCUGACUUAAAAUAAUUUUGUAUUUAAUUUAUUUAUGGUGCUUCUGUUUUAAACAGAAAAGGUCGCACUUGUAAUAGCAUCCUCGUUUCAAAUAUCUUCAGAAGUACGAGUGUGUAAGUAAGAUUUUGAUUUAAGCGUCACACUGCCAUGUAAUGACUUUAAGCUUAUGUUGUAUAUAGUAGAUUUUAUCCUGAUGGUUCUGCCUUGUCUGACCUUAUAGAUGUUUCUAAUCGGUGUGCUAUAAGUAAAAUGCAUCCUCUAUGUGAGUGUUUUUCAACUGUGGUCCUUAAGACACACUGUUCUGCAUGUUUUAGAUGUGUCUCUGCUUCAGCACACCUGAUUUCAGUUGAUGGCUUACCAGGCUUUUACUGAACUCCAUUAUCUGAAUCGGGUGUGUAAAAGCAGGAAAACCUCUGGAACAUGCAGGGCAAUGUGCCUUGUGGAACCGGGUUGAAAAACACUGCUCUAUGUAAUUUGCACAACUAGGAUUGUGACGGAUUCUCAAUGGGUUUGAAACUGUAAGCGGUCCUCGUUGAAUGUAGUUUGCAUCAGCAUUUUUCCUUGCCUUUAAUCUUUCUGCCAGUAGGUGGAGAGGGUUCUGUCUUGUAACCGCUUCCUGCGUAAGCUGUACAGUAUCAGUGCAGACCUGUAAUAUGCAUCUAGUGCAUGCUUUUUGCCGUGACUUGAGCUUGUGCAGAAUUGGUUUGAAGCUUAUAGAAGCCAAGAAGAUGUAAAUUAUGAACAAAGCCAGUUGUAUUAGCAUCAGAAAGCAUCAAGGUAUAAUAGGCUAGAUAUGGACCUUAGGUGAGGGACAUAUUGUUAUUAGUGAUUUAGAUUCAGGUGCUGAAGGAAGUGAUCAUUUCUGAGAAGAUUAGAAUGUACAAUUUCCACUUUUUUUUUUCUCUGUUACACAAUAAAUGUUAAGCAAUAAAGAUUAAAAAAGUUAAA